GACUCCACAUUGUCACGCCUUUUCAUCCCUCCCAUAAAAGCAGCAAAUACUAUACCAUUCUCUCUCUCUAUCUCUCUGCGCGUUUCUCCUUUUUCUCUCUCUCAACCGUUUCCCACUACCGCAAUUCGCACACACCACACACCUCACUCACUUCCUUUUUCUUCCUUCCACAUUUCUCACACACUCUCUCUACUCUUCUUCACUCUCCCUCUCCUUAACAUUCUCUCUCUCUCUCUCUCUCUCUCUCUCUCUCUCUCUCGCUAGAUUUUCCCCUUUUCUUUGAUUACAAUUUACAAAAUCUCUCUUCGAAAAUGGAGAAAAAGCAAGGUUUCUUCUCCUCACUCAAAGAAGAAGUAGUUCGUGGCCUCUCACCUUCUCGUUCUCGCUCUCGUUCCCGCUCCGUAAGUCCCGCCCGAACCGGUUCCGGUUUAUUCAACCGAAAAAAACAACACCCCAACUAUAACCAUAACCCUGACUCUAACUCUUCCCUCGCAAGAUCUGGAGGUUUAAGGCCGUUAGGUGAGACACUAACGCCGUUAAUUGAAGGACCUGAUUCAGAUAACGGGGAUCCAAAGAGAAUUGGGUCGGGUCUCGGUAACUGGAUGAAGGAUCAACUCUCACGUGCUCCUUCUGUUUCGUAUAAGAGGUCUGAUCUGAGACUUCUGCUUGGUGUUAUGGGUGCUCCAUUGGCUCCGUUUCAUGUUUGUUCUACUGACCCUCUUCCUCAUCUCAGUAUCAAGGAUACUCCAAUCGAAACGUCGUCUGCGCAGUACAUAUUGCAGCAGUAUAUAGCAGCUUCUGGAGGCCAGAAAUUGCAGAACUCUAUAAAAAAUGCAUAUGCAAUGGGGAAAGUUAGAAUGGUAGCGUCUGAAUUUGAAACUGCAACCAGGGUAGUGAAGAAUAGGAAUGCUUCUAGGUGUGCGGAGUCUGGUGGAUUUGUGCUGUGGCAGAUGAAUCCUGAUAUGUGGUAUGUAGAGCUUUCUGUUGGGGGAAGUAAGGUUCAUGCUGGCUGUAAUGGAAAGCUUGUUUGGAGGCACACUCCUUGGCUUGGUGCUCACACGGCAAAGGGACCUGUGAGGCCUCUGCGCCGUGCACUUCAGGGCCUUGAUCCUAGAACCACUGCAAGCAUGUUUGCCGAUGCCAGAUGCAUAGGAGAGAAGAAUAUCAAUGGCGAGGAUUGCUUCAUCCUUAAGCACUGUACUGAUCCUGAAACACUAAAGGCUCGGAGUGAGGGUCCUGCUGAGAUCAUACGGCAUGUCUUAUUUGGUUACUUUAGUCAGAAAACUGGACUUCUUGUUCACAUUGAGGAUUCUCACCUGACCCGCAUCCAAUCAAAUGGAGGUGACGCAGUAUAUUGGGAAACCACUACCAAUUCAUUCCUCGAUGAUUACAAGCCUGUGGAAGGCGUCAUGAUUGCACACUCUGGGCAUUCUGUGGUGACCCUCUUCAGGUUUGGGGAGAUGGCCAUGAGCCAUACCAAAACAAAAAUGGAAGAAGCCUGGACAAUUGAAGAGGUUGCAUUCAAUGUUCCAGGUCUCUCUUUAGAUUGCUUCAUUCCCCCCGCCGAUUUGAAGACAGGUUCUGUUAGUGAAGCUUGUGAACUUCCUCAGGAUGAAAGAGGAAAGAACUCACUUGCAGUACAUCGAACCAAAGUUGUUGCACUGGAGAAAUCACAAGAUUGCAGCAUUGAGAAGAUGAUAUGGAAGAUGGAAAUCUAAUGAUGACAGUAGGAUCAAUUCAAGGCAAUUGUUCAUAGCAGUCACUAGUUUUUGACUACUAACGUUUAGAUUUUAGAGUAGGGGUUUCAAUUGGUUAUUUACAUGUGGAAGUUUGUUUAUGCCUCUAUAUAUAAUCUGUAAAUAGAGUGUAAAAAUUCACAGGUGUUAUGCAGACCUGAGUGAAUAUUUAUACUCGAUGCAGAUUCCAACAAAGGAGUUGGAGCUCGUUUUUCCAUUUCGGAAUAGAGCAAAAUGGAGGUUAAUUUUUUAGUUUACCUUCCAUAAAUGAGGGAAGGUGAUGAAGCUUUGGUAUAGUAGACCCAUUAAACAUUUGUUACUUACUAGCAACUUAUCUAAGUUCAGUGUCGGUGGUGGUAAUAUUAAAGAGUCUGCCACUGACCAAAGCCAUGUUUGAGCUAACAGCUUCUAUGUGGUGUAGAAGUUCUUUUAUGUUUUUGAAAAUGGAAUGCAACGAGGGUGUUUUUGAUAGCUGAGACAA